AUGGUCUCAGCUCUGCCCCCUCUCCCCGCAGGCUCUCCCACCGGCACCCUGGCCCUUCUUUGCUUGGACGGGGUCUUCCUCUCCGCGGCCGAAAAUGACUUUGUCCACCGCAUUCAGGAGGAGCUGGACCGCUUCCUGCUGCAGAAGCAGCUAUCCAAGAUACUUCUUUUCCCCCCACUCUCCAGUCGCCUCCGGUACCUGAUCCACAGAACAGCCGAGACUUUUGACCUCUUGAGCAGCUUCUCUGUUGGGGAGGGCUGGAGGAGGAGGACGGUCAUCUGUCACCUGGACAUCAGGCUGCCCAAUUCAGACGGCCUCCCAGGCCCAUGCCGCCCCCCAGCUUCCCACCCUGGCAAGUACCGUGGUCCUCGGCCCAACUCAAACCAGGGGGCGGCUGCUGCUCCUCGAGGGAUGCGGGCUGGCCGGUGGCAUCGCGGACGAAAGGCGGACCAGGCUUUGUAUGUGCCCCGUGGGCUGCGCAGACAGGAAGGAGGCGUACAGCUCGCUUCACCGGAGCUCAAGGGAGAGGCUGACAGCGCCCCGGGAGAGGCUGACAGCGCCCCGGAAGAGCCUGGCGAUGCUGGUGCUGGCGACCCCAACUGCAAUCAGGGACUCCCUGGGCCGGUGACCCAGGCAGCAGAGGACCUACAGGGCCGAGGCCACAGUGGGGAGAGUGUGCCACUGCCCGACCCAGGCGGCACUGAGGCCCCGUGCCCUGAGAGUCACCCAGGGGAAGGAGAUGGGCUGGAGGUGGCCGCGCUGCUCGGGGCCGGCCUGCAGAUCUCCGCGGCAGAGGGGAAUGCGAGCCCGCCGGAGAAGAGCGUGUCGGUGGGGGUGGUGGAAGAAGAAGAGCUGGACGAGGAAGACCGAGGCAGCGGCCGGGAGGAUGCGGAAGAUUACAGUGAGCUGCUGCAGGAGAUAACAGACAACCUGACGGAGAAGGAGAUUGAGGUGGAGAAGGUCCAUGUGGACACGUCCUCCUUUGUGGAGGAGAUGCCUGGAGAGAAGGACUUGGGCCACGUGGUGGAGAUCUACGGCUUUGAACCCUCGCUCAAGACAGAGGACCUGCUGGCAACGUUUGCUGAGUUCCAAGAGAAGGGCUUCAAGAUCCAGUGGGUGGACGACACGCACGCCCUCGGCAUCUUUCCCUGCCUGGCCUCAGCGGCUGAAGCACUGUCCAAGGACUUCUCAGUGCUCAAGAUCCGGCCCCUCACAGAAGGAACCAAGCAGUCAAAGCUCAAAGCCCUACAGAGACCAAAGCUCCUGCAGCUGGCGAAGGAGAGGCCACAGACCAACACAGCUGUGGCCCGGAGGCUGGUGGCCCGGGCCCUGGGGCUCCAGCACAGAAAGAAAGAGCGGCCCGGGUUGGAGACGCUCGUGCCCUGAGGUGCGAGGUACCUGAAGCCUGGACAGACAGACAACCACAGCAGCCUGGUGGGGUGGUGAGCACUGGACUUGGCUCUGGAAGUGGGGAGAAAAAUUAAAAGCUUCCAAGUUGUUAUAAA